AUGCUGGAAUUUCUUGAUAUUGGAAACAAUCAUAUAAUUGAUAUUUUCCCCUCUUGGUUGGGCAUUCUUCUAGAGCUAAAGGUUCUCAUUUUGCAAUCAAAUGGAUUAUAUGGUUUUAUUGGAAAACUGGAAACAAUUCCAAGAUUCCCAAAAUUACAAGUAAUUGAUGUCUCAAACAAUAAUAUUAGAGGUAAGUUGCCAUAUGAAUACUUCCAAAUUUGGAAAUCCAUGCAAAGCUUUGACAUAGGUAACUUAAUGUAUAUGCAAGCAAAUAUUCAGAUGCAAAAAUAUCCAAGCAAUGGUUGGUUAAUGCCGUCAUAUGCAUACUCAAUGACAUUGACAAACAAAGGCAUAAAGACAGAAUAUUCGAGAAUUCAAGAUUUCUUUGUGGCCAUCGAUCUAUUGGGCAACAAGUUUGAAGGAGAAAUUCCAAAAAUUUGGGGGAAUCUAAAAGUGCUUCACAUGCUUAACCUUUCCAACAAUAUUCUUACUAGUUUUAUCCCGUUGUCUUUGGCAACCUUAACAAACCUAGAAUCAUUGGAUCUUUCUCAAAAUAUGCUAGUUGGAGAGAUUCCUCCACAACUAGUGGAGCUCACCUUCCUUGCUUUCUUGAAUGUGGCUCAUAAUAAUUUUACAGGACCUAUACCACAAGGAAAACAAUUUCUCACAUUUCAAAACAAUUCAUUUGAUGGAAAUGUAGAAUUGUGUGGAAGCCCAUUGUCCAAAAGAUGUGCCAAUUCAGAGCACCCACCAACUCCAACUUCUAAUUUUGAAGCAAAACAAGGCUCAGAGUUUCCAUUUGAGUUUGACUGGAAGGUAGUUGUGAUGGUAUAUGGAUGUGGAUUUAUAGUUGGAGUGUCCGUUGGACAAAUUAUAAUCAAAAGGAAGAGUAGUGGUCGGUUUAUAAAUUCUUUUGCAAUUGGCCAUCCAGCAGGAAGGGUGAAGUGGAGGAGACGUCAAAAAUAA